CACCCUCGCUUUGCCUGGGCCCUCCUGUAGCAAAAUCUACUUACUUUCUAUUGAAAGUUCAAACCCAUCAAGAUGCGGCUGUUCUUAUUUAUUAUUCUGUUGUCAGUAGUUUUUCAGUUUAGUUUUGUUAGCCUCUCAGCUCUGCAGCACUGGUACUGCCCUACAGGCCCCCCUGCAGGAAAUGGGGAUUCUACUUGCGUGGGUCCUGUGCCCUUCUUAAUUUUCUCCCAUGGAAACAGUAUCUUUAGGAUUGACCCGGAAGGAACUAAUCACAAGCAAUUGGUGGCAGAUGCUGGAGUAUCUGUGUUUGUGGAUUUUCAUUACAGCCAGGAAAGAAUCUAUUGGGUGGAUUUAGAAAGACAACUUUUGCAAAGAGUUUUUCUGAAUGGGACAAGGCAAGAGAGAGUGGGCAAUAUAGAGAAAAGAGUUUCAGGAAUGGCAAUAAAUUGGAUAAAUGAAGAAAUUAUUUGGUCAAACCAACAAGAAGGAGUCAUUACAGUAACAGAUAUGAAAGGAAACAAUUCUCGGGUUCUCUUAAGUAGCUUAAAUUAUCCUGCAAACGUAGCAGUUGAUCCAGUAGAAAGGUUUGUAUUUUGGUCUUCAGAGGUGGGCAGCAGCCUUCACAGAGCCAGCCUCAAUGGUGCGGAUGCGAAGAUUCUGCUGGAGACACUAGAGAAAAUAACAGCCAUGUCAUUGGAUGUGCUUAAUAAACGGCUCUUUUGGAUUCAGUACAAUAAAGAAGGAGGCUAUUCUUAUAUUGGUUCUUGUGAUUAUGAUGGAGGUUCUUCUCAACUUCACAAACAUCUUACACGGCACAAUUUGUUUGCAAUAUCUCUUUUUGGUGACCGUAUCUUCUAUUCAACCUUGAAAAAGAAGGCAAUUUGGAUAGCCAACAAACACACUGGGAAAGAUAUGGUUAAAAUUAACCUCAAUCAGUCCUUGGCACCACCUGGUGAACUUAAAGUAGUGCAUCCACUUGUACAGCCCAAGGCCAAGAACGAUGCUGGGGAGUCUGAUGUCAAUGAAUGUGCCCUUUGGAAUCAUGGCUGUACUCUUGGUUGUGAGAACACCCCUGGGUCCUAUUACUGCACAUGCCCUGUAGGAUUUAUUCUGCUUCCUGAUGGAAAACGAUGCCACCAAUUAGAUUCUUGUCCAAGCAAUGCAUCUGAGUGCAGCCAUGACUGUGUUCUGACAUCAGAUGGCCCCGUAUGUUUCUGUCCUGAAGGCUCAGUGCUUGAGGCAGAUGGAAAAAUGUGUAGUGGCUGUUCGUCAUCUGAUAAUGGUGGUUGUAGCCAGCUCUGCCUCCCCCUCAGCCCAGUAUCCUGGGAGUGUGGUUGCUUUCCUGGGUAUGAUCUACAGCUGGACAAAAAAAGCUGUGCAGCUUCAGGACCACAACCGUUUUUACUGUUUGCCAAUUCUCAAGAUAUUCGACACAUGCAUUUUGAUGGAACAGAUUAUGAAAUCCUGGUCAGUCAGCAGAUGGGAAUGGUUUUCGCCCUAGACCAUGACCCUGUGGAAAAUAAGAUAUACUUUGCCAACACAGCCCUGAAGUGGAUAGAGAGAGCUAAUUUGGAUGGUUCCAAGCGGGAAAGGCUUAUUGGGGAUGCAGUAGAUGUGCCAGAAGGUCUUGCUGUAGACUGGAUUAACCGUAAACUCUACUGGACAGACAGAGGGAAAGCUCUCAUUGAAAGGAGUGACUUAAAUGGAACACAACGUGAAAUAAUCAUUAACAAGCACAUCUCUCAGCCCCGAGGAAUUGCUGUUCAUCCGAUGGCCAAGAGACUAUUCUGGACUGAUAUGGGUAUUAAUCCACGAAUUGAAAGUUCUUCCCUUCAAGGCUCUGACCGACGAGUUAUAGCUAGUUCUGAUCUGGUCCAGCCCAGUGGAAUAACGAUUGACUACUUAACUGACAAGUUGUAUUGGUGUGAUGCCAAGCAAUCAGUGAUUGAAGUGGCCAAUCUGGAUGGUUCAAAACGCCAAAGACUUGCCCAGAAUGAUGUAGGUCACAUAUUUUCAGUAGCCGUGUUUGAGGAUCAUGUGUGGUUCUCUGAUUGGGCUACGCCAUCAGUAAUAAGGGUGAACAAGAGGACAGGCCAAAACAGGGUCCGUCUCCAAGGCAGCAUGCUGAAGCCCUCAUCGCUGGUUGUGGUUCAUCCAUUGGCAAAACCAGGAGCAGAUCCCUGUUUAUACCAAAAUGGCGGCUGUGAACAUAUUUGCGAAGGGAAGUUUGGAACAGCUCGGUGUUCAUGUCGUGAAGGUUUUAUGAAAGCCCCAGAUGGGAAAAUGUGUGUGACUCUGAAUGGUCUUCAGGUAUCAGCAGGUAGUGAAGCAGAUCUAAGUAAUCAAGUAACACCGCUGGACACCUUAUCGACAAGUCAAGCCUUUGAAGAUAAUGUUACAGAAGAAUUGCAAUCUCAGCACACGCUAGUGGCUGAAAUCAUGGUGUCAGAUAUUGAUGAGUGUCAACUAGGCAUGCACACCUGUGGAGAGUGUGCCAUCUGUACAAACACAGAGGGAAACUCCACCUGCAUGUGCCUUGGCAGCCUGUCUGAACCUGGAUGAACUUGCCCUGACACAGCCCCACCCUCUCGUCUCAGGGAAGAUGACCUCCAUGCUGCCAGACAUAUCUACCCUGGAUGUCCCCCGUCGCACGAUGGUUACUGCCUCAAUGAUGGUCUGUGCAUGUAUAUUGAACAAGUAGACCAGUACGCAUGCAAAUGUAUCGUUGGCUUCAUCGGGGAUCGAUGUCAGCACCGAGAAUUGAGAUGGUGGAAACUGCGCCACGCUGGGCAUGGGCAGCAACGGAACAUUGCUGUGGUGGCUGUCUGCGUGGUUGGGCUUGUCCUGCUUCUCCUCCUGGCACUGUGGGGGACUCGCUAUUACAGGAAUCAGAAGUUGCUAUCAAAAAAUCCAAAGAAUCCAUAUGAAGAGUCGAGCAGAGAUGUGAGCAGUAGCAAGCCUACUGAUGGAGAGGCUGGAAUGUCUUCCCCCCAACUUUGGGGUCAGUGCAACCAACUCCAUACAGGCAGGGGCCUCGGGUUCAUGGAAUGAACACAGAGCAAAGCUGCUGGAUUCCAUCAUCAAGUAAUAAUACCUCUGGUCCCCAGGGAAUGGAGAAGAACCUUCAUCUACCGUCCUAUGUGGCGCGACCCAUUGCUGUGGGGGCUGAGAAGCUCCACUCUUCUCCUGUCAGCUAAGCCAUUAUGGCAACAAAGGGGUCCCAAUCCACCAUGCUAGAUCCAUCAUGAUAAAUGGAGCCGACUCAGUGAAAAACCAGAAUUAAAUGAGAAGUCAAG